UAAAGAGAAAGCGACAGAAAUAAACACAAAAAAGUUUAGCGUUUCCACUUCAAAAUCCUCAGGAGGUGCUUUCUUCUUCCCGUAAGCACCCCUGAGAUUCACUUUCAAAACCCUAUUCAUAUUUUCAACUAUCAAAUUACAACAAUCCAAUUUCCCUUUCAAUUUCACCGUCGAAUUUCAAUGGCUUCCGACGGUUUCACCGACAAGAACGCCGUGUUCAGAAAACUCAAAACCAAAUCCGAAAACAAGUCGUGCUUCGAUUGUAAUGCGAAGAAUCCAACCUGGGCGUCAGUACCGUAUGGGAUCUUUCUCUGCAUUGAUUGCUCGGCCGUUCAUCGGAGUCUCGGUGUUCACAUCAGCUUCGUGAGAUCUACAAACUUAGACUCAUGGACUCCUGAGCAACUUAAAAUGAUGAGCUUUGGCGGAAACGGUAGGGCAAGUGUUUUCUUUAGACAGCAUGGUUGGAACGGCGAUGGUAAAGUAGAGGCGAAGUAUACAUCCAGAGCUGCAGAGUUGUAUAAGCAAUUGCUUUCAAAAGAAGUUGCUAAAAGUAUGGCUGAGGAGGCUGCCUUGUCUCCAUCCCCUGCAACUGCUUCUCAGUCUGCCGAAGGGGAUAAUGGACUUCCUGAUGUUAGGACCACCGAAGUCCCAACUGAAAAGACUUUGGAGAAACCAGAAAAGACUGAGAGCACUUCUUCACCUAGAGCUUCAUAUACUGCAGUUUCAAAUAAUUUGAAGAAGCCUCUUGGAGCAAAAAAAACUACUAAGAGUGGGGGGCUUGGAGCCCGUAAGCUCACUAGAAAGCCAAGUGAGUCUCUAUAUGAGCAGAAGCCCGAAGAAGCACCUGUGCCAGUUUCAUCAUCGACAAAGAACAACUUGCCUUCUGGGCCACCUCCAACAUCUCGGUUUGAGUAUACAGAAGAUAUCCAAACAUCUGAGUUAAAUUCUGGAGGUCAUGUGUCUGCACCAAAGUCAUCUAACUUCUUUUCAGACUUUGGAAUGGGUAGUGGCUUACCAAAGAAAUCUGGGCCUAGCUCCUCAAAAGUGCAAAUUCAGGAAACUGAUGAAGCAAGAAAGAAGUUCUCAAAUGCCAAGUCUAUUUCUUCAUCCCAAUUUUUUGGUGACCAGAGCAAGGCUGAUGUGGAUGCUCAAGCUACUUUAUCAAAGUUUUCAGGUUCAUCUGCUAUAUCCAGUGCCGAUCUUUUUGGUGACUCAAGCGAUAACAAUGUCGAUCUUGCUGCUAGUGAUCUUAUCAAUCGAAUAUCUUUCCAGGCACAACAGGAUAUAUCUUCCCUCAAGAACAUUGCCGGAGAAACUGGGAAAAAGCUCACCUCCUUGGCAUCCUCCUUGAUGACAGAUCUUCAGGACCGAAUCCUCUAAAAUUGUAUGUUGUGUAUUUUAAGAGAACCUCUGGUGUUUACUGAUACCCGCCGUUUGUGUUUCAAAUGUAAAAGAAGAGCUCAAUAGAUAGACAAUUUUUUAUGAACAAAAAUAAGACUUUUAUAUUCAGGUUUGUCAUUUAGGCUGGUGCUUUGAUUUUGUGUCACAGGAGUCAUGUUUUAAGGUUCCUAGUAUCUUAUAGAUGGUUUACAAUUUACUUUUUUCUAUUGGUCAAUGCUAGUUUGUCGCAAGUUCAAGAAUGUUACUACUAUCUUGUAUCAAUUUGGUAAAUACUUUUCUACUAUUACAUAUUUUUUAA